GACCAGACCGCCAUGACUUUCUGUUUCAAGGAAGAAGACCAUACUAUCGGAAACUCAUUGAGACACAUGAUCAACAAAAACCCCGAAGUUGACCUUUGCGGUUACUCUAUUCCUCACCCUUCCGAAGCUAAAUUGCACCUCCGUAUCCAGACCACAAACCGUACUACCGCGAUAGACGCUCUCAAGAAAGGUCUUGAAGAUUUGACUGAUAUGUGCGAUCACAUCUUCAAGACAUACGAAGACGAGCUUGCCAAGAAAGAUUAUGAAGUGUGGGAGGAAAUAUCAUAG